UCGAUGAGACUCUUUUUUGAUUUGAUAAAAUUGGAUCAGUGGAGGAGUUUCUUUCUCCUUUUCUCUCUAACAAAAUAGAGUCAUCCGAUCGUAAAAGGAAGAACCAAGAACCACCGCCGGCGGCGAUCUCGUCGGCAGAUCACCGGAAGAUCAGAGACAGUAAAGACAGAGAUAGAGAAAGGGAAAGAGACAGACCCAGAGGCUCUUCUUCUUCCUCUUCUUUGAACAAGAAAAAGCCCAAAAUGUCCUCCUCUGGAAACCAGGUCAAGGCUUCUCACAUACUCAUCAAGCACCAGGGCUCCAGGAGAAAGGCCUCGUGGAAAGAUCCAGAAGGCCGCGUUAUCAUAAACACCACCCGUGAAGCCGCCGUCUCCCAACUCAAGGCCAUCCGCGAAGACAUCGUUUCGGGCAAGUCCAAGUUCGAAGACAUCGCUUCUCGCAUCUCUGAUUGCAGCUCCGCCAAGCGCGGUGGCGAUCUUGGUCCAUUUGGUCGUGGUCAAAUGCAGAAGCCUUUCGAAGAGGCGACCUUUGCUCUUAAGGUUGGGGAGAUUAGCGAUAUUGUGGAUACCGACAGUGGAGCUCACAUCAUUAUGAGAACUGGUUGAUUUUAGAGGGCAGGAGGAAGUUUUCAAGAUAUUUUUGAAAAUAAUUUUGAAAUACCAAUGACAGAUCUUGCUUCAUGCUUAUUUAGUUGGUUUGAUGGCACCUAAAAACUGAUCUAAUUAUUUUUCAAAUGACAUUUUUGUUUUGGGAAUAUUUGCUAUGGUUGUGUUUUGAAUAUUUGAGAGCUAAUAGCUCGUAACGUUUCACAAAAUUUUAUGUUCAAAACGAUCUUUAUAA